AUGAACCAGGCUGGGAAAGUGGGUCAUAUCACUGAUUCUGGGACCUUGGAGCUCCUAAGUAACAGAGCCACCCACAGCGUCCUGCUGAGCUCCGACCUCGCCAGCACCUCCCCACUUGGCUAUGGGGGUGCUGGAUUCCCUGUGUGCCCCCCUGGAGGCAUCCAAGAGGUCACCAUUAACCAGAACCUCCUCACCCCUUUGAACCUGCAAAUUGACCCCACAAUCCAGAGGGUGAGGACUGAGGAACGUGAGCAGAUCAAGACCCUCAACAACAAGUUUGCCUCCUUCAUCGACAAGGUGAGGUUCCUGGAACAGCAGAACAAGGUCCUAGACACCAAGUGGACCCUGCUGCAGGAGCAGGGCACCAAGACCGUGAGGCAGAACCUGGAGCCGAUGUUUGAGCAGUACAUCAGCAACCUCAGGAGGCAGCUGGAUGGGGUCCUUGGGGAGAGGGGCCGCCUGGACUCAGAGCUGAGGAACAUGCAGGAUCUGGUGGAGGACUUCAAGAACAAGUACGAGGAUGAGAUCAACAAGCGUACCACUGCCGAGAAUGAGUUUGUGAUGCUGAAGAAGGAUGUGGAUGCUGCCUACAUGAACAAGGUAGAACUAGAGGCCAAGGUUGAUGCUCUGAUGGACGAGAUCAACUUCAUGAAGAUGUUCUUUGAUGCGGAGCUGUCCCAGAUGCAGACACAUGUCUCAGACACAUCCGUGGUCCUCUCCAUGGACAACAACCGCAGCCUGGACCUGGACAGCAUCAUCGCUGAGGUCAAGGCCCAGUAUGAGGACAUUGCCAACCGCAGCCGGACAGAGGCUGAGUCCUGGUACCAGACCAAGUAUGAGGAGCUGCAACAGACAGCUGGUCGGCAUGGCGAUGACCUUCGAAACACCAAGCAUGAGAUCUCUGAGAUGAACCGGAUGAUCCAGAGACUGAGAUCUGAGAUUGACAAUGUCAAGAAGCAGUGUGCCAACCUACAGAACGCCAUUGCUGAUGCCGAACAGCGUGGAGAGCUGGCUCUCAAAGAUGCCAGGAACAAGUUGACAGAGCUAGAGGAGGCCCUGCAGAAGGCCAAACAGGACAUGGCCCGGCUGCUGCGCGAGUACCAGGAGCUCAUGAACACCAAGCUGGCACUGGACGUGGAGAUCGCCACCUACCGCAAGCUGCUGGAGGGCGAGGAGUGCAGACUGAGCGGAGAAGGAGUUGGACCAGUCAACAUCUCUGUUGUCACAAACAGUGUCUCUUCUGGCUACGGAGGAGGCAGCCUUGGCUUCGGCGGUGGCAGUAGCUUUGGCGGUGGCAGUGGUUUUGGCGGUGGCCUCGGCAGCGGUCUUGGAGGAGGUGGCGGUGGAAGCUACUACUCCAGCAGCAGUGGGGGUGCUGGUCUGGGUGGUGGGCUAAGUGUGGGGGGCUCUGGCUUCAGUGCAAGCAGUGGCCGAGGCAUGGGCUUUGGCAGCGGUGGAGGCAGCAGCUCCAGCGUCAAAUUUGUCUCUACCACCUCCUCUUCCCGGAGGAGCUUUAAGAGCUAAGAAGAGCCUACUGCAAGACCCUGGCCCUCAUGGGCAGCUCCAGGCCCACGGGGACUGCUGCUUCUAGGCCGUCACCCAGGUGUACUCUUCUGGAGAGUAGUGUAGAGCAAGCCUACUGCAGAAUCAUGUGUUUGGUUCCCAGGAGGGAAUGAACCCAACCUUGGGCCUCUCAUGCCACAGUUCUGCAUCGUGCUGCAAGUCAGUUUUUAAGUUCCUAUAGAUGGUACUCGAUGACACAGACAUCCAAAGUUUUCCAGAAUGUCAGCCACCAAAACAGAAUCCCUACCCUGACCCCCACCUUAGUUCUGGUUCUGACUUCCUCCGGAGUAUGUUCAAUAAAAUGCUUUUAUA